AUGCAUCAACCGCUCGUCCUGGUACACUGCCGCACGACAAGCGGCGGUGAUUUUCGGGCGCACGGCCGAUAAUUUCCCCUUUUGUAUCGUCAAGUCUCUUUUUUAAUUCCCGCUCAGUUCAAAUGGUCUUAGCGUUCGGUUGGAUCGAGGGAAUCGAAAUUUCGAGCACCGCCCAAUCUAGGGUUUCCAUCAUCUUGGCUCCCACCUUCUCUCCUUCCCUUCACCCAAUCCUCUCGCCCAGCUUCCUUCGAAUCGCCCGAUAGCGCUUAGGAGUGGAGGGGAAUGAUCUCACCGAUGGAAGUUUCUCUCCAUAAUCCCUCCGACAUUGGAGAGGUCUCCAGGCCGGAGGGCGUCUCCGACUCCAACUCCACUCCGAUCCCGGCGGCAGACGAUAAAGUUCUGGUUUCAGUUGAGGUCUGCUUGAAUCCCUCCAGCACGGCUCGCAUUGAAGACGUUCGGGCCGCUGUAGAAAGGAUGCUUGAGAAGAGGAGUUUAAGCUAUGUCGACGGUCCUGUUCCAGUGCCUGUUGAUGAUACUUUUCUUCUCGAAAAUGUAAAAAAAAUCUUAAUCUGUGACACAGAUGAGUGGGUGGACAACCAUAAAGUCCUUUUGUUCUGGCAAGUCAGGCCUGUUGUGCAUGUGUUUCAGCUUAGUGAAGAGGGUCCAGGUGAGGAACUGAGUGGAGAUGAUAUGCUUUCAAUCUUCAAUGAGUGGGUUCUACCUGCUAAAGAAUUUGAUGGAUUGUGGGAAAGCUUAAUUUAUGAAACUGGUCUCAAGCAGCGGUUGCUGCGGUAUGCUGCUAGUGCUCUGUUGUUUACAGAGAGGGGUGUAGAUCCUUGUCUUGUUUCAUGGAACCGGAUUAUCCUUUUGCAUGGACCUCCAGGAACUGGAAAGACAUCUUUGUGUAAAGCGUUGGCUCAAAAACUUUCUAUACGCUUGAAGUCAAGGUAUUCGCAAUGCCAAUUGGUGGAAGUUAACGCUCAUUCCCUAUUUAGCAAAUGGUUUUCUGAAAGUGGCAAAUUGGUUGCGAAACUUUUCCAGAAAAUCCAGGAGAUGGUGGAGGAAGAAAAUAACCUUGUAUUUGUUUUGAUUGAUGAAGUUGAAAGCCUUGCUGCUGCUAGACAGGCUGCCCUAUCUGGCUCUGAACCUUCAGACUCCAUUCGAGUUGUCAAUGCUUUGCUUACUCAGAUGGACAGAUUGAAAUCAUCGCCAAAUGUAAUCAUUUUGACAACAUCAAACAUAACUGCAGCAAUCGAUAUUGCAUUUGUUGACCGAGCAGACAUCAAGGCAUAUGUUGGCCCGCCUACUCUUCAAGCCAGAUACGAGAUACUGAGAUCCUGCUUACAAGAACUUAUACGUACUGGAAUACUUUUGUAUCCUCAGGGUCAUGAUCAUUUCUCAUUUCCAAACUAUUCAACCGUAAAAGAGAAACUCUACACCUCUAACAUAGGGGAACUUGAGGAGCCAUUUCAUCUCUCCAGACUUUUGCUUGAAGCUGCAGAAGAAUGCCAGGGAUUAAGUUGUAGAUCUUUGAGAAAGCUUCCUUUCUUAGCACAUGCAGCUCUUACGAACCCCAACAGUUGUGAGCUAAUCAAGUUUCUGUACACAUUAAGAGAGACCGCCCGAAGAGAGCUCUCUGAGUUGCACGCUUAAACCUUCAAAAUUGAGUGUACUUGUAAAGUGUGUUGCACUUAGCCUCAGUUCCAUCUGCCGUCUCAAUUUUUGUUGGCAGUUUUAUGAUAAUCUACAUCCCCUUGGCUAUAACAGGAAUUACAGGUAACACUACCUUAUUGCUUCAUCAAGUAUUUGAUCAAAGGUCAUAGCAAUUAAAGUACAAAGCAAAAUCUUCCAAUGUUCUUGGUGCUGAUUUAGAGCAGAGAUUCUAAAUGGUUGAAUUAAUGGGGAGAUAAAUUGUAUACAGAGUUAAACCAAUGUUAAACCAAUGUUCUUGGUGCUGAUUUAGAGCAGAGAUUCUAUGCUUGAAUUAAUAGGGAGAUAAAUUGUAUACAGAGUUAAAUCAAUGUUAAAGAUUUCAUGUUCAUGUUUUUUGUAUAAUUCUAAGCUAAACCUUAGGUGACAUGCAUUGAAAUUGGUCACCGAACCUUUCGGAUGGUACCGUCUUUUGCCCUCUAAACAAGAGGUGGGAGGUUUGGUUCCGGGUAACCAUGAUUUUCCCCUUCGACCCCUGAUUAAUUUCUUGAUUCUACCAGCAGUGGCUCGAUCUACUCAAGGACCUGAGUUUUGGAUCAGAUGCAAGAGAAUGAGGUGUGGGAUUAGAACCAUUCUAAAAAUAAAAAUAAAAAUAAAUCUUUUGUUGCAGUGUUCAUACCGUGGAUAUAUGCUUGUUUGUGUAUCUUCUUUCAUGAUUAAUGCAAUUGGGUGACAAAGAUCUAUUGGUAUAUGUGUGCUAUUUCUGAUCAACCUUAAAAGAACCCCCCAUAUGCAACAAUGACCCUAAUAUCUCAAAAUCAUAAGAUAUAACAUCCAUUUAAGUUUGUACCUGUGCAAAGAAGGUUAAUUGUCUCUUGCUCAGCCUUUGCAAGAAAACGCACCUGAUCAUGCAUCCUUCAUAAGUUGAGCCAAAGUUUGCCAAUUUUUGGGUUUGUCAUGAUCGAAGAAGUGUGAGCUCUGGUUCGAGCAAUGGUAUGGAGCAACUUGGUGGUGUGAAAUUUCCAACACGUAACACAAUCUAUCUACAUGGUAGCCUUUAAUAUCAAAGAAAGCACCUGAUCAUCCACAUAUAUAUAUAUAUAUAUAUAUCUAUAUAUACAACACUUAAAUGAGGAAUUUAAUUAUUUGGAGUGCAUCUCCGAUUUACAUGAAUAACAAUUGUAAUGAGAGGAGAGGAAAUUCAUUCUUGCGUCAUGCUGAGCAUCGCAAAUACAUACAUAACGCGACAUCCAUUCCAUUUUCUCAACUACAUACGAACCCAACACAGAGGGGAAAAACAAACCACAGUUCAGUGAGAG